AUGGCUUUAUACGGACCAUCGAGUUUGCAUCAUCUGCACCAAUAUCUCGGCGGAAACGAGGGUUUCAAAGCGCCAUCGAAUAGAUACCAUUCUCAUUAUUCGCACGAGUACAACAGCACCCAUCAUCAUCCGCCAUCUAGUUACGCAGAGACCUUCCUGAACUACGGUCGUUUGUCGUCCCACGACGCUCCGACCGAGUCGAGGAGCCAAGAACUGGCGAGGAUCCCGUACACGCAGGAAACAACGGAAGGUAUCAGCAGAGAACGAGAGACGUCAUCGAUUUUAUACGACGGAGUGCAGAGAUCGCAAUUACCGGCCGCUUCUACGCUCUCCCAGCCAACCUUGCUAGACGCUACCACCACCAGCUCGAAGAUCGAGCAAACUUCUUACGCCUGCCUCGGUGUGGGUAGCUGCGUCUGCUGAAUCUAUUCCCACCUUACCGAAAGACGGAAAGUCGUCGCCUUUUCGACUUUUCCAAGUAAAUAUCUAGUCAUAGAUCGCCCCGUAUUCCGUACGCGUUCUACAUUUGUAGAACAUGGCUUGUGUAUAACGCGUGCAGAUGUUGAAUGGAACGCGUAAUUUGAAUUUCGACCAGGCAUGCGUUUAUCCAUGAUCGCACCGUGGAUUCUAAUUCAUUCAGAAAAAUUAGAAAGCACAAAGCAAAUAAUUUGAUUUCCUUGAAACGUGAAGCGUCGUCGAAUUGUUGUUGCGCGAUCAUCGAUAAUUGUAACCGAUCCAGACUUGAAUCGCGGGUGCCGAUGAAUCUUGUAAAUAGAGAAACUUGAAGGCGUUACGAAUCGUUCGAAAAAUCGAGUAAGUACCCCUCCCCUUUCUCCCCUCCCCUUUCUCCCCUCCCCCUCCUCCCUCCCCCGCCCCGUAGGGAGAUCCAAUCGCUUGUGAUCGUUGUGACACAUGGCCGUGUCCGAGUAGUUCGUCAGGAUACUUCUGUAACUUCUGUAAAUAUCGAAUAAAUCUAUUGAAACAAUCUCAACGGAGGGAAUAUUCUUCUAAACAGCGUCAUUACCAAGUUUAUCUUCCUAUGUCAUCAUCGAGUGAAAUGAAUCGCAAGAAUUAUCGCUAAAAGAAUGUUCGAGAAUGUUCAUACCGAUAUGUAAAGAUUUAUCGAUGGAUUAAUAAUUAUAAGCGAUUAUGCGAGUGUGACUUAAUGACAUAGAAAAAUAAUACUUGAACGUCGAUACACUUUCAAUCAACUUUCCAUGUUGAUCCUUUUCGCGAAUGUAUUAGCGGUUAGUGACGUAAGCCCAAGACCAUGGACUGAGGUCGAAUGCGUAUUUCGGGCUGUGACACAUAGUAGAUAUGUUUACGUCGACCCCUCUCUUUUCCGCCGACUCCCAACUCGCCCAUCCUUUUUCCACCACGAGCAAAUGUAUCAUUGGUGAACAUCAGGCCGAGCCGGCUCCCGGUAAAAACCUGCCUAACUGCUGUCAGUCAUACAAUUACGGAAGAACAGUCUAUCCAGCCUCUUGAUAUCGUUACACCUGUGAAU